AUGUGGUUGGUGUACGUGUGUGAAGAAGAAGAGAAGGAACUCGGAAGACAACAAGCCCCCGGUUCGUGUCCCUACUGUGGAGCCAAAGUUCAAGCCAUGGAUGUUGAGAUCCAGUCCAAGCUCUGCUUCUUGCCCCUCUGCUUCAAGAUUAAGAGAAAGUACUUCUGUACCCACUGUUCCAGGCGUUUAGAGUUGUAUUACUGA